GGUAAAGGGAACGGCCGUGACCCGGAAGUGAUCUGUCAGCAGGAAGCUACAACUUCCGGGGAGGAGAGGCUAUACUUCUUGUCCUGUGGAUUGUGACUGUCGCUUCAGGAAGGACAUGUAAUGCCUGUCAGGAGUGAGCGACAGGAUCACGGCUACAAGACAAUGGUGGAGACAAACAGACUUCAGCUUCUCGCCACUAAUAAGAGAUCUGCCUAAGAGUCCUGGACUUGGACAUUGUACAUUAGAGCUUAAUACUGUGUAUGGAACUGCAAAUGGAACGACGGGUUUGUCUCCUUUCCCUGUCCCUCUUCCUCCUUGUCUGCUGCAGCCUGGCAGAUGGGCUUGCCAACAACCAAAGCUUACCAAAUGGCACUCACCAGCUCAUCCUGCACAAUGCUUCCUUCAAUACCCAGCUGCAUAUCUCUGCCAACUUUCCUUCACACCGGGACCAGAUUGCAAAGGAGGGAAGCAGCACAGUGAUAGAAUGCCACCUGAAUGCCAGUCAAAAUGGGGACGUGGUGUGGUUUAAUUCCAAAGGUCAUCCACUGGGCGAGGUGGAAGGAGGUAAGCUUGGUAUCUCAGGAGGAAAAUGGUUGAUCUCUUCUAGUGGAGCCCUCAACAUCACCAGCGUUACAUUCGCUGACCGAGGGAGGUACACAUGUAUGUGUCCAGUUGGGAACACCACUUCCUAUUAUACCGUCACCCUUCGUGUGACUUAUACAUCUGGAGACAUGGGCAUUUAUUACAUGAUCGUCUGCCUGGUGACCUUCACCAUCACACUCAUCCUGAAUAUCACUCGGCUCUGCAUGAUGAGCAGCCACCUCCGAAAGACUGAGAAGGCCAUCAAUGAGUUCUUCCGUACAGAAGGUGCUGAGAAGCUUCAGAAAGCUUUCGAGAUAGCAAAACGGAUCCCUAUCAUUACUUCAGCUAAAACCCUGGAGCUGGCCAAGGUGACCCAGUUUAAGACCAUGGAGUUUGCACGUUACAUAGAAGAGCUGGCCAGAAGUAUUCCCCUUCCUCCGCUCAUCUUCAACUGCAGAGCAUUUAUGGAAGAAAUGUUCGAGGCCGUAAGGCUGGAUGACCCAGACCACAUUGAAAAAGAUCACGUGGGUGGGAUCUACACCAUUAGUCCAGGUAUGAACCGGAGUGGAUCUCCCACCGCGGACUCUGAAAACAGCUCUGUCCAAGGACAGGAGAUUGCCGUCAAUGUGUCUGUCCAUCCUCAGUGCGAGACUCAAAGCAUUAAUACCAACCAUUCUCAGGAGUGUGUUCAGUCAGCCUGCCUGGAGGAGGUUAUUACUGUUGUGGAUCAGGACACACCGCCCGAAGCCACAGAGUGACCACCUCAUCUCCGUUGGGAACCCUCAAACUUGUUACAGACAGUAUAAAAAAACCUCAUUCUUUCAGUGAUUCAGGGGCUGUACCAAACCACAUUGUUACAGAUUUUAUUAUAGUGGAGCAUCCCUACUGGCAGCAUCGAUUCUUGCUUCUUAAAUCAUUCUUGACCAGUACAUUAGAUUUCUAGUUGUGUGUUGUUUUUUUUCAGUGGUUUGUAUGACAAGAUAUAUAUAUAUAUAUAUAUAUAUAUAUAUAUAUAUAUAUAUAUAUAUAUAUAUAA